AUGAAGGGGGCUAAGGUGUUUCCUUAUUACUGGGAUUGGGCACAUGACAUGUGGAUGCCGUUAAAGAUCACGGAAUCGUCGCUGAAUUUUCUUUUAGACUGUAUUUUUGUUGAUUCUCAACGCAAACGACGUCGUUUCUCUGGUAUACAAUUCGUCAUCCGGAUCCGGGUCUACCCACUGAGAGCAAAGAGAGAAAGAGAGAAAGAGAGAGUCUAUGGUCUUCCUGGUCAGCCAAAAGCAGUAUCAUUCAAACAAUAUGCUGGAUACGUUAACGUUAAUGAAUCGAAAGGGCGUCACCUGUUUUAUUAUUUUGCUGAAGCGGUUCAAUCUCCUUCUCAAAAACCCCUUGUGUUAUGGCUCAAUGGAGGUCCUGGUUGUUCAUCUUUUGGGUAUGGUGCCAUGGGAGAAAAUGGUCCAUUUGGAGUUAACCCAGAUGGGAAAACUCUAUUCAAUAGGCCUUAUUCGUGGAACAAUGUUGCGAACAUUCUAUAUUUGGAAUCUCCAACCAGUGUUGGAUUUUCGUACUCUAACGACACAACAGAUUAUAAAGAUUUAGGUGACAAAAAUUCAGCUCGAGAUGCAUACGCCUUCUUAUUAAAAUGGUUGGAAAGGUUUCCAGAGUAUAAAGAUCGAGAUUUCUAUAUGGCCGGAGAAAGUUAUGCAGGAGUUUAUAUUCCAGAAUUGGCAGAUUUAAUUAGUCACAAUAAUAGGAAGGCUGGCAAGCCCAUAAUCCAACUCAAGGGCAUUAUGGUAGGAAAUCCGGUAAUGAACAGAUUAAUAGAAAAAAAAGGCACAUAUGACUAUCUUUGGACUCAUGCUCUGAUUUCCGAUGAGACUCACAAUUUGAUAAUGAAAUAUUCAUUCGAGGAAACAGGAAUGAUCGACCCUUACAACAUUUAUGCUCCGAUUUGUCACAUUCCUAGAAACUCUUCAUUGCCGGUUUCAUCUCCAACACGACAACAGGGCAGUUACGAUCCUUGCAUAGAAAUUUACGUAAAAUCGUAUCUUAAUCUUCCACAAGUGCAAAAAGCUCUUCAUGUCAAGCCAACUUCUUGGGACCAUUGCUGGCCUUCAAGUUCGGAAUCAACAUGGAAUGACUUGGCAGAAUCAAUGUUUGGUGUAUACAAAAGCCUCAUUGAUGAUGCUCGAAUUAAAAUAUUGGUUUACAGUGGAGAUAUCGAUUCAAUAAUUUCAGUUACUUCUACACGAUACUCUCUUAAUGCUCUAAACCUUACGGUGAUUAAACCGUGGCAUCCGUGGUUGGAAACUAAAUCUCAAGAGGUGGCUGGAUAUAAGGCGGUUUACAAAGGUCUUACUUUUGCGACGGUUAGGGGAGCCGGGCAUCAAGUGCCACUAUUUCAACCACUAAGAGCAUUUACUUUGUUUAAGAUGUUUUUAGGUGAUAUGUUACCUUGA